AUGGCCGGGGGCGGCGCUAGCACGACGGUGGGUGAUGGUGCGGUGAGGCUGAUGCGGGAGCUCCGCCGGCCGCGAGCGAUGGAGGAAGGAGGUUGGGCCUGUGCUGCAUGGGGUGGUUUUAGUGGACUCUGGAAUCAGCCUGCUAGUUUUAAUUGGCCAUCUGAAAUUUUGGCGCGCCACACGCAAAUUGGUCUGUCUCUCAUUGCCUCGCUUUUUCUUGGCUUGCAGCCAGAUCAGCUACUCACUUCACACAGGCAAGUAGUGGGCCGGGUUCGAUUAGUGGCGGCUCCAACGAGAGCACUUGUCCUCGCCGUCCUUCUGGCAAUCGCCGUCGCCAACGCCGAGGCGGCAUCCAUCGUGGUCGGCCUGGCCAAGUGCGCCGACUGCACCAGGAACAACAUCAAGGCCGGCGAAGCCUUCAAAGGUCUCCAGGUGGCCAUCAAGUGCAAGAACAUCCAGGGCGAGUACGAGAGCAAGGCGCUGGGUGCCCUCGACGGCACUGGCGCUUUCAGCGUGCCCCUGGCCGCCGACCUCCACGGCGCCGACCGCGUCGCGCAACUCCACAGCGCCGCCUCCAACGCGCCCUGCUCCGGCCAGGAGCCACCCAAGAUCGUGCCGGUGUCUGAGAGAACCACCUUCGGUGUCGUCGCUGGCGCCAAGACCGAUGCGAUGGCAUCGCUAGAGUGCGCGUCCGCGACCUUGUGCGGGACGACCAAGAAGCACAUCAUCGAGCACUUCCACCACAAGCAGCCCGUGCCACCGAAGCCGGAGCCCAAGCCCCAGCCCCACCCUGACUACGGCCCCGUGCCCAAGCCGGAGCCCAAGCCGCAGCCCCACCCGGACUACCACCCCGUCCCUCCCACGCCCAGCUACGGCGGUGUAAAAUAUACCACUUUGUACCGCAAAUCAACCACGAACGAGAGGUGGCGACCACCAAAUCCCGCAUUUUAUAUUAAACACUUGUACUUCUUGGUAUCUAAUUGCCGCUGAAUCUCAACCCUAGUUUGAA